UAUUAAAUCGGUUGCAUCUAGUUACAUUCAGUUAGCGUUAAAGAAAUAGCAGUUAAUAGCAUUAAAUCUCUACCAUCUAAAUUUAUAAUUUGACCGAGGAGUGCUCAUUUGCUACAAACUAUCUCGUAAUAGUUUACAACAAGAUUAACCUAAAACUAAUUGUAAGGAAUAUCUCUGACAAUUUCUGGGUGCAGCAACACGGCCCAAAUCGAGAGACGCAUUCGUUAGUGGAAAAGAUAAACCUGCUGUUCAAAUAAUGAUUGUAGAAUCAGUUGUAAGAAUUUGAAAUUCUAACACAUAUUUUGUAAUUGCAUUCAGACCAUAGAAUACUUUUUUUAAUGGACGCCAAUUCUACGCAAAAUUCAGAAGCAACAGAAAGUUCAAUUGAAUCUUCUGAUGAAAAUGAUAGUUCCAAUAAUAGUUCACAACAGUCAGCAACAACAAAUCGUUCAACGGAAAACGAUCGUCUGCAAGAAUUAAACGUCGAUAGUCCAGAAAAUAAACCUGGUGAGAAUGAAAACUUAAAGUCGGAUGAUUCACGCUUCCAGCCGACAUGGAAAAAACUGUUAUUCCUAUUACCCAAGAACUGGCCCAAGCGACUAGUAUAUUUUGCAAUAGUAGCAUUAUUUUUUCUACUUCUUUCUUUUUUUAUCUACGGGAAAUCAACUCCAUCGAAUACUUCCAAUGACCCAAUCAAAGUAAUUGAUAAAAUGCAAAAAACGUUCCCAUUUCAAAAAGUCGAAACGUGGAUAAGUUUUCUCGCUGCGCUCCAGAGUGUUACAAACGAUGAACCAUCCCAACCAGCAGUCCUUCUUUUUAUUGGCGGAAACACCCCGGUUGCAAUGCGUACUAUGGAGCAUGUUGUUACAACUUUGGCUAUCAACACCAACGAGCUGUUGCAUACGACGAACUCCGCCAAUGCCAACUUCAAAGAUAUAACAGUCCAAUGGGAUGAAAUUACCGAUCUCACGCAAGAGGAUAACGCAAUCACGCGAGAGCUAGAUAGGAAAAUUCAUUCUAUUCUUAGCAAAUAUUCUUCGGUUGUUCUUGGAUCUUUAGAAAAGAUUCCACCAAAAGCUGCUAUGAUUUUGCACGGCUACUGCGAUAACUUCAUGGCUCCUUUCAAAAGAAGUGUAAUCAUCUUGACUGCAGCAUUUGAUUACGAGAUGCCACGCAAUUCAAAAGAGGUAGAACGGAAACUUCACAGCCUAUGGGAUCCCUCAUUAGGCAUAGACAAGUCCGCUUCUCUUGUGUCACGGGUGGCCAAUAACGUGGUUUUUAUCGAACCAGAAACUGAUUCCACAUCAUCUAAUGAUAUCGGACGUGAUUAAUCAUUGGAAAAACCAUUUUAGCGCAAUAAAAAUACAUUGUUUUUUUGGUAUUGCCGUGAUAUAAGAACUAACCAAAUAUUGUAUAGCCCACAAACAAAAAAAAGCCAAAAAUAAAAAAUAAAACAAAAAUAAAAAAGGGAAGAGCAACCUUGAAAAGCUUAAUGUACGUAAAUUUAAGAAUCCACAAGGAUUUUCUACAGCGCUCAGAAAGAAAGCGUACCCUGAAUCGCAUUUUAUGUAUACGUUUGUUACGAACUGGCCAUUGUAAGCCUGCCUCAUCGUUGAAACUGGUCAGUCAUUUCAUUUUAAAUUGGUAUUGU